CUGUAAAACUCCGAGUUAAACGUUGUUUGCUCAGUGUCUACUUCCAGUCCCUCAGUCACCUAGAACUUGUGAUUUGGAUAUUUUUCUUCACGCAUUUAAUACAAAGAUAAGUUUAGCGAUGACCCAAGUGGAGAGAGAAGGAGAAAAUGGAAAAGAAAAGGAGAAGGAACGGGAGCGGGAGAAAGAAAAGGAGCAACGGGGAGUAAAACGGCCGAUCAUGCCAGCCGUGAUCCCAGAGUCUCUCCAGGAGCAAAUACAGAGCAACUUCAUUAUUGUGAUUCAUCCGGGAUCAACAACGCUAAGAAUCGGUCGGGCAACAGAUACUGUUCCUCUUAAUAUUCCUCAUGUCAUUGCCAGGAAGAGAAAGCAGCAAGGUGCACCUGUUUACAAAGAGUCAAUGCUCCUCAGAGAGGGUCUUAACAAACCAGAAAGCAAUGAACAAAGACAAAAUGGCCUUAAAAUGAUUGAUCAGGCGAUAUGGUCUAAAAAGAUGUCAAAUGGUGCACGGCGCAUCCCUGUUGCACCAGAUCAGGCAAGAGCUUAUAAUAAGCAGAUGCGUCCUGUAAUCCUAGAGUCCAAUUCUGGAGUUAAAUGGACAAACACGUACUAUCAUCCUGAGUUUUUAGUUGGGGAAGAGGCACUUUAUGUAAAUCCUUCAGAUUGUUACAAUGUUCAUUGGCCUAUCCGAAGAGGUCAUCUCAAUCUCCAUGCAGGACCAGGGGGCUCAUUGACAUCAAUACUGUCUGAUCUUGAAACAAUAUGGACUUACAUCAUACAGCGAUAUCUAGAAAUUCCACUCAAGGAUCUUAAGUACUACAGAUGUAUAUUGCUGAUCCCAGAUAUCUAUAACAGACAGCAUGUGAAAGAAAUGGUAAACAUGCUGUUAAUGAAGAUGGGCUUUUCAGGCAUUGUGGUACAUCAGGAGUCUGUUUGUGCUACAUUUGGCAGUGGAUUAAGCAGUGCAUGUGUAGUUGACGUAGGUGACCAGAAAACAAGUGUCUGCUGUGUUGAGGAUGGAGUUUCACAUCGAAACACAAGGCUGUGUUUGGCUUAUGGUGGGUCUGAUGUUACAAGAUGUUUUUAUGCACUAAUGCAGCGAGCUGGAUUUCCUUACAGAGAGUGUCACUUGAGCAGCAGAAUGGACUGUCUUCUGCUCCAACAACUUAAAGAGACACACUGCCAUCUAGACCAGGAUAUCUCUGGACUUCAGGAUCAUGAAUUUCAAGUUCGCCACCCUGAUUCUGCUGCAUUACUUUAUCAGUUUCGACUAGGUGAUGAAAAGCUACAGGCACCCAUGGCACUGUUCUACCCAUCAGCCUUUGGGAUAGUGGGUCAGAAGAUGACAUGCUUGCAGCACAGGUCACAGAGUGAUCCUGAGGACCCCCAUGAUGAACACUAUCUACUGUCAACACAGAGUAAACAGGAUCAGUCAGCAAAAGCAGUAGCAGAUCGGAAGACAGUGAGUAAACCAAGUGGAUUUGAGGGAGAUAUCCGUAGUCAGAUAUCUGAUGUGCCAGAAAGAAGUCACCCUCAGGAACUAGAGCUCACUUCCUCUCAGAGUGGCUGUCUGAUGACUGGAAAUGACUCUGAAGAGCCACCGACAGCACUGAUGUCUCGGAAAACAGCAGUGUCCCAGUUUGAAGGAAAGGCUUUAGGCCUAGACAAAGCCAUUCUUCAUAGCAUUGACUGCUGUGCUUCAGAUGAAACAAAGAAGAAAAUGUACAGUUCCAUCCUGGUCGUUGGAGGAGGUCUGAUGUUUCACAAGGCACAGGAAUUCCUUCAGCAUCGAAUUCUCAAUAAAAUGCCUCCUUCUUUCCGAAGAGUUGUUGAAAAUAUAGAAGUAAUAACAAAAACAAAGGAAAUGGACCCUUGUUUAAUUGCUUGGAAGGGAGGGGCUGUUUUGGCAUGCUUGGAUACAACACAAGAACUCUGGAUUUAUCAGCGGGAAUGGCAGCGCUUUGGUGUAAGAAUGAUAAGAGAAAGAGCUGCAUUUGUGUGGUGACUCACCAUUCUGUAUAUGGAUUGCUUUGCCUUUUAUGAAAUAAAACAAAAACUUCUGCAAAUCUGAAGAACAGUUGUUAAAAUAUUGACACUUGUGUAUUUAAGAUGUUGAGCCUAAGCCAGACAGCAUAAAAUGAAAAACCAAAAAAAAAAAAAAAUGCCACUGUAAAUAUUUAAUAACAGCAGUGGUUUUAGUGGUUUUUAUUAAACCCUUCCUAUAUUGGCUUUCUCUGCCUUUUUUUUGUUUGCAAGAAUUCCUGCAAACCAGCUAAUUGUGUGUGUGUUAUUUAUAUAUAUAUAUAUAUA